GAACGUCCCUAGAAGUGUCAGGACAUGGCAUAAGACACUCCCUUGUACGCAUUGCCCUUGACAGCAAACAUAACGACGACGAUGGCUUCCCUGAUACUGGACACUCCCGCCAUGAUGGAUAAACGACAUACGCAAGACUACGCCAAUGCGAGUGCGCUUGAGCCAUACUGGGGAUAUCUUCCCAAGGUCGUCCCUUGUACCAACGAUCCGGGCACUUGCGACUACCUCGAUGUCGUCUACUCCACCCACGCACAGGGCAUCCUCUUCGUGGGCAUCAUGUGGAUCGUCUUCGGAUCGCUCGUCUUCUUCUAUGGCAUCGGAAGACGCUUCGUUCCAGCACGGCAGCCAAAACCGUCGAAAGCAGCCGGCGAACAACCACCGCAACGACAAUCAUUCCUCCACCGAGCAGCAACAACCACAUCAUCCGCAAUCCGACGACAUCUCCUCAAAGAAACCCCUCUACGUUCCAUCUUCGGUCGCACAACUCGCCUGCAAGUCGCCAUCCUAGCCUUCCUCAUCACCUACCUCACCAUCUUCACCUUCGUCGGCUUCCGCUACGAAUCAUGGAAUACUCCACCCAACAAGCAAGGCUACCGCAAACACCGCACCUCUCUCGGUCCCUGGUCCGACCGAAUCGGCGUCAUGGCGUAUGCGAUCGUUCCAUUCUCCGUCCUUCUCUCCACCCGCGAGUCUCUCCUCUCCCUCAUCACAGGAAUCCCAUACCAGAACUUCAUGUUCCUCCACCGCUGGAUCGGAUACGUCAUCUUCGUCCAAUCGGCUCUGCACACCAUCGGCUGGUGCAUCAUCGAAGUCAGACUCUACCAGCCUCAACCACGAGUAUGGUACGACUUUAUCACGCAGGCGUACGCCGUGUGGGGUGUCGUUGCUAUGGUCGUCAUGUCCUUAAUGCUGGCCAUGUCAUUGCCACCAGUGAUCCGACGGACCGGUUAUGAAGUCUUCCGCAAAGCACACUAUGUCAUGGCGAUGAUCUUCAUCGGCGCAUGUUAUGGGCAUUGGGAACACCUCGGCGUCUUUCUGAUCGCUGCGUUGGUCGUGUGGGGUGUUGAUCGGUUCUUCCGUCUUGCUCGCACGUUCGUCUUACACUACGAUUUCCUUCCGGAGAGCACGUCAGCAAUGCGAUUCCAAGCUGCGGAUGCCAAGUUGCAGCAUUUUCCGGACCAAAUCAACGGAGAUGUCGUCCGACUGGAUUUCGUCCACAAUCACUCGCCAUGGCAAGUCGGCCAGCAUUUCUACCUCUGCUUUCCCGAGUCUUCGAUCUGGCAAUCCCACCCAUUCACGCCGCUCAGUCUGCCAGGAUUGACACAAAGUGGCCAGCAACACUCCUACGUCUUCCGCGCAAAAUCUGGCGAAACGAAGAAGAUGGCCGAAAUCGCCUUGCGAAAGCUGUCCGCCGCAGCAGCUAUCACGUCCACGGAGAAGGAAGACUUCUCCGAAAAUCACCCAACUCAACCUCUCACCCACGACUUUAAUGCAGCUUCCACAAAAGUCAUCCUCACAGGCCCAUACGGCACAUCUCACACACAAAAGCUCGACGACUCUCCCGGCAUCAACGUCCUUCUCAUAGCCGGCGGCACAGGUAUCACCUUCGUCUUGCCAGUUCUCUUCCACCUCAUGACCGCACCCACACCCGGUGGCUCCGCAGAUCGAAGGAUCGAGUUCAUCUGGGUCGUGAGGAGAAGACAGGAUCUCGAGUGGGUGAAGCCAGAACUGGAUACGCUCCGGGCUGCGAGCGCGAGGAUGAAUCUCAUCAUCCGCAUUUUCGUCACACGCGAAGGUGGAGAUGGCGUUGAGGCUGUGCAGCCUGGAUCCGGCGACAUUAAUUUUUCAGCUGGUGAGAAGAGCCUCGCGAACAAUGUCUCCGCAUUGACAUCCACGACGCCCUCCUCGGACGACGACAUCCACUCUCCUUCCUCAUCCGCCUCUUCAACGCCAUCAUCCCUCCGCAAACAAUCCGAUCUCCCGAGAAGUGCCGUCAACGAGCUGAACCAUCGCCCCUCCCUCCCCACCCUCCUCUCCACAUUCAUCGACUCCACUAUCCGCGGUCCAACAACAGUCUACGCUUCUGGACCACCAGAGAUGAUCACGGACGUCAGGAGGCAGGUAGCGGAGAGCAACGACGCCGGCAAAGUGUGGAAAGGAGACGAGAGAGGAUGGGUAGAAUUGGUGGCUGAUGAUCGGGUGGAGUGGUAG